AUGGGUGGGCCCAGUGCCAGAGUGUUUAUCUCAGUGAACUGUCUGAGCACAGACUUUUCGUCGCAGAAAGGAGUGAAGGGCAUGCCUCUGAUCAUCCAGAUGGACAGCUACAGCUACAGCAGCUGCAGCAGCAGGCCCAUCCACAGGGCCUUCGCUCAGAUCAAGGUUUUCUGUGACAAGGGCGCUGAGAGGAAGCUUCGUGAUGAAGAGAAGAAACAGCUCAGGAAGAAGAUGAAGGGGAAAAAUGGCAGCUCAGGGCAGACCCCCCCCUUCCAGAGGGCGGACAGCACGCUGUUUAAAGCCUUGCUGGACCUGGAUUCCCAGCCUGUGCUCUUCAUUCCUGACGUGCACUUUGGAAACCUGCAGAGAGCUGGACAG